AAGCGAAUAAGGGUUCUACCGCGCAAAAGAAGCUUCCAACUUGAUUGUUGUUUUCUCCAAGAGAUUGACAUAAAAAGCCGAGUUACCCUUCGCAUCGUCUUCAAGUUUCUCGUUCAUCCAGAAUACCAAUAUGUCUGACAAAUUCCAGCAAUACCUCAAACAGUUUGAUGUUGAAUUGUCCAAAAUCCCGAUCACGCUUGAAAUCGAGCGACGCACGGGAUUCCCCAAGACUUACGCAGUCGGCGGAGUUGGUGUCUUUGCCGCUUUGCUGAUCUUCUUCAACAUAUGGGGCUCCUUGUUGACCAAUUUGUUGGGAUUCCUCUACCCCGCAUACGCAUCCUUCAAAGCUAUCGAGUCUGUGAACAAGAAUGAUGAUACUCAAUGGCUCAUUUACUGGACAGUUUUUGGCUUCUUGAACGUGCUGGAAUUCUUCUCUGAUGCGUUGCUUUACUGGAUUCCAUUCUACUACACAUUCAAGGCCGCAUUGAUCCUCUACCUUAUCCUUCCUCAGUUCCAGGGCGCUCAGUUCUUGUAUUUCAAAUUUGUUCGCCCUUACCUGAUUUCUGAGGAGAAGGUCAUUGAUGGUCACUUUGCCAAGCUGAAGACUAAGGCCACAUCGGCUUUGAAUGACAUUGCCGCCGAAACCAGCGGCGAAUUCAAAAAGGAUUAAGCUCGUGGGCUUUGGUUGUUACUGUUUCGUUGGUUGUUGCAUGAACUGUCAUUAGUAAACUGUGCUGCAUCAGAGCGCAUGUAGCUCAGUAUAGCAUCACUAUCAGUGUUUAAAUUCAUCGAGUUCAGUUAUUAUUGUUUCGAUGAUUAUUGUUUCUUUUGGUAGAUAACAGAGCCACGGCUGGCCAUGGCCAAGACACACAAAGGGGAAGCAGAGCACAAGGUCGAUUUGCACGUUCUUCACUCCAACAGAAACAGCUUUUAUUUAGGCAACAUAACUAAACAUGUCCUUCUGCCCCUCCAUCCUCUCGAUGUACUCUUUCUCAAG